AGCCGUUUUGGCUCUCGCUCCGGUUCGGUGAUCUCUAGCGGGCAUGGGGAACUGUACCAGAACCAGCGAGGCUCGAGUGGCGGAGACCGUCUGGCCGUCCUCCAUGCAGGGUCCGAUGGCAAGAGGAGUGGCAGGAGUCGCAGUCCCUGAGGCGGUGUCGCCCUGUCCCUCUUGGCAAGGCACCAACUGCAGCCUCAAACCGGCUGGGCCUGACCGCAGAAUGCACGAGCGCCACGUCCAAAUCUUGGAGCAGUUCAAGUCGGCAGUGGAGCACCGGCCGACUGAGCUGGAGCAGAUUGUUCUGCAGAGGCGCCAGCGUGGCGAGGAGGCCCCUUUCCACAAGGAGAAGAAGAGGCUUUCAACUCCUUGGCAGCUGAACACCAUGUGAGCAAGUUGCGUGCCGCAGAUUGUGAUGAGAAUGGCAUGUGGGCAUGCAUUUUGACCCCACAUGGUGUCAAGUAUUUUUUGACCUCGCCUUUUUCCAGUGUUACGUCCAACACUAGCCAAAUCCGGUGGCCUGGAGGGCCCGGUUGGCUUGCUAGGCAGGUUUGCGUUUUUGGCAGGGGCGUGAUAAGAAUGAUCCA